AUGUUGAUGCGCGACCACUUGGCCGUGUACCUGUUCAACCACCUCUACCUGAGCAACAACAACAGCCACGGCCACAGUCAUCAAGUUCUCCGGGCCCUCUGCAACAAGGAGCUCAACCACGACAACAAGGACGCUGAGUUGCCACCGGUCCCUGAGGACCCUGAGUUUGACCUUGAGGACGCCCUUGAUAAUGCAGACCCUGAGAACCAGCAGCCACUGACACCAAGGCCGCCACAGCAACCACAAGUUGCUGUUACUGGGCACCAUCGCCAACAAACAGGCGAAGAACCAGAACCUCAACCUCAACAUCCACAAACGCCAAGACCUGGACCAGUACGACAACGGCCUCAACGGCAACAACAAUCCCUCCAGGCAGCCAUGCGACAGCCAGAUCGACUUGAUGGCCAUCCUCCUGGCAUGAUACGACCUCAAAGAGACCUACGAUCCGAUGGCCCGUAUCUUGCUGAAGCUGACCCCUGGGAGGAUUUUUGCCCAGGUUUGGAAUCCUCCAUCCGACGACUUCGCCUCGAUGGACUUAGAGGCUCGGAUGAUGAGGAGGACUCCACUGACGAGAUGUCCAAGAUUCAGUCCGAGCACAUCCAUGGAUUUGCCUUCAUGACCGGCAAGGCCGUGAAGUCAGAGAUCAACCUCUUUCACCUCAAGACCCAGAAGUUUCAAGCAGUGGAGGAGUUGUCAGAAGAUGCCAUAAAGCAGCUUCCUGCAGACACCAAGAUCAUAGGAACCCGCUGGGUCCACACUGACAAGAAUAGCAAGCCUCGCCUGAUUGUGAAGCACAUGGCCCGCAAGACUGGCAAGACCCUUGAGCAGCUUGAGAAGGAGUAUCCCUUCGAGGCAAAGUCACGCCUUGUGGUUCAAGGAUGCCAAGAGGAUGACAACAACAUCCGCUCCGAUUCUCCUACCUGCUCUUUGCUGGCCUUCAACCUUGUCUGUACCAUUGCCACCAUCAUGCAAUGGAUAAUUGGUGCCUAUGAUGCCUCAACUGCAUACCUUCAGAGCAGUGGAAUUUCCAGACUGCUCAUUCUUCGAGCUCCGCGACCACCUCCACCAGGAGUUCAACCCGGAACACUAUUCCGUGCACGUGGCAGUAUUUACGGCACCAAGGAUGCCGGGCGAAGUUGGUGGAUCAAACUGUUACAUGAUGCCAAAGACUGCGGUUGGAUUUUGUCACAGAUUGAACUGGCACUUUUCUACCUCUUCGACGAGGGCAGUCUUGUGGGCAUCAUGGCCAGUCAUGUUGAUGAUCUCAUCACUUGUGGCACCGGCCAGAAGUAUCAUGAUAGCCUGCAGGAAUUGACCAAGCGACUUCACUUGAAGGAGAAGGAGAAGAGCAUCUCCAUUGAGCAGAUCGACGCCAUUGAAGGCCUCGAGUACCAGAUCAUUGACAAGCACCGCAGGAAAUUCCCAAACCUUCCUCUUACAGAAUCUGAAAAGAGUGACUUUCGCAGGAUUGGUGCAAUGGGCUGGAUAGCCAGACAAACCCGACCAGAUGUGAUGGUCAAUGUGAGUAUCGCCUCUCAGUCUAUGGGACAUCCAUGUGUCCGAGACGUCAUUGAGCUCAACAAAGCAGUUAAGAUGUUGAAAGAGAGUGCUGACUUCAAAUGGUGCUUCAGACCUUCAGCCAUCACACUUGAGAACUGUGUGGUCUUCGUUUGUGCGGACUCCAGCUUCGCCAACACUGAAGGGCUGAAGUCUCAGUGCGGCUACAUUGUUGGCCCGAGUGCUGGUUGGCCAGGUGACUUCUCAUGGAUAGGACUCUAUGUUUGGUUCAGGCUGAGAAAGCUAACUAAGGCUCAGAAGGGUCAGCAGCAGGCAGGAUGGCAAAGUUCAGGGGGCGGGACCAAGGCUGGGAGACAAGAGGACCUGUUGCCCUUUGUGUUGGCCUUUGUGUUGGCUUUUCAGGUCCGCUUUUCUUUAGCCGCUUUGGCUGAAACGCAAAACGUGGAGGACCACGUUUGCAAGCAGGACGACAAAGGCUAG